AAGCUGGAGCAAAGGCAAAGCCAAAGCCAAAGGCAAAAGCAAAUCGGACCAUCGAGCAAAUCGGCAGUGCUUUGUUGGACCGCCGAACUGCGAGACUAGCGAGACCAGCAGCCAGCGACCAGCAGCCAGCGACCAGCGACCACUCGAAUUCACAUUUCGCAUUUUUAUUUAGAAAAUGUAUUCAGUGCAGGGGCGACAUUCGCAGCGGCAACGAAAGCGACAGCCAUAGCACACCCGCACACCCGCACAUCCGCAGAUACGAACAUUCACACACACACGCACACAUUAAACACACACACACACGUAUAUACACUCACACAUACCGAGCAGAUCGAGGAGAUAGCAAAAGGAAAGUGGCCAAGAAGGAAUAGAAAGGAUAGUGUGCCCCGGAAAUGGCCAAAUUAGUGACUUACAUCUUCAUCGCCAGCUCGCUGGUGCUCUGGUACCUCCUUCUCUUUGGAGGCAGAGGCGGCAUGGGCGGCAUGGGCGUGGAGGCCACCAACGGGCACGGGGGGCAGCUGGAGGGACGCGACUUUCAUCACCACGGCGGCAGCCACCACAUACGCCGCAACAUCAACCACUGCUGGCGCCGCUACGAUGGCUACAAUCUGCAGAACACCGUGGUCAACAAAAAGGAGCAGCUGAAGAAGCCCUAUGGCAUAUUGUGCAACUUUAAGUGCACCUGGUUCUUCACCGUCAGCUUCCCCACUUGCGAGUUCAUCUACGAUUAUAAGUUAUCCUGUGUGCUAUUUACGUCACUGCCCGACUGUACCAGCGUCCAGUGUACGCUUUUGAAUUACUUCGAGUAACUAGUGUAUCUAAUUAAGCCUUUUUUUUUUUGGAUAGCAUAAGUCUGAUUAAUACUAGAUUUUAUAUGGACAUGUGGAGAGAGAGGAAGUAUAAUUAAACACCUAAUUUAUGAAUAUAAAUUG